UCGAAUGUUGUUGUAGCCCUAGCUUCGCCUGCAUUUUUCCGUUCUUUGUGAAAAUUUAUUAAAAAAACAAUAAACACAAAUAAACGGAGCCACCAUGUCCUACCAACUAUACCGCAACACCACGCUGGGUAACACGCUGCAGGAGAGCCUCGACGAGCUGAUUCAGUACGGACAGAUCACACCUGGAUUGGCCUUCAAGGUGCUUCUGCAGUUCGACAAGAGCAUCAACAACGCCCUCAACCAGCGGGUCAAGGCCCGGGUUACCUUCAAGGCUGGCAAACUGAACACGUACCGCUUCUGCGACAAUGUCUGGACACUGAUGCUCAACGAUGUGGAGUUCCGGGAGGUGCACGAGUUCGUCAAGGUGGACAAGGUGAAAAUCGUGGCCUGCGACGGCAAGAGCAGCGAGUUCUGAGCACCCACUAAGCCCACCGCUCUGAUCCACAUAACGCAUUAAACCUUUAUAAUAGUCGUAAGAUUCGUAGCCGAUAAGCUGGGUUGGCCACUGGAGCACCACCCGUGUGAUCGUAGUAUGGCAUUGCAAAAUAUAUACUGUUAAUUCGUA